AAAAAAAUUAAAAAAACAAAUAUUUUCGUGUGUAAGAAGUUUACAAGAUAAACAUAUUAACUAAAUAUUCCCUUCUUUAAUCACCAUUUUUUCUUAUAUAUAUCUCCAAUGAUGCCAUUGAUUGAGAGCAAAAAUUUCUGAAAUUCCUUCUAAGCUUUGAAGACCAAUAUCCCAUGGCUUGGAUUUGGACCAUUCUUGCACUGCUCGUCCUUGUUUAUCUCUUCCAAUCCCAACCAUGGAAAAGAACCCAGAACAGCAACAAGAAGAGAUUACCUCCUGGUCCAAGAGGGUUUCCCAUUUUGGGAAGCCUCCAUUUGUUAGGAGAGUUUCCUCACAGAGAUCUUGACCGACUCGCUAAACAACACGGCCCAAUCAUGCAUGUCCGCUUAGGUCUGAAAACCGUCAUUGUCGUCUCUUCACCUCAAGCUGCCGAGCUCUUUCUCAAGACUCACGACCUGGUUUUCGCAUCCAGACCUCCUCACGAAGCUUCGAAGCAUAUGAACAACGACCAGCGAGGCUUGGUCUUCGCCCAAUACAGCUCGUACUGGCGCGACGUUCGAAAAAUGUGCACUCUUGAACUGCUCAGCAACAUGAAGAUCAACUCCUUUCGAUCCAUGAGGAGGGAAGAGAUCCACCUGUUUAUCGACUCCCUUUGAGAGUCGGCUGGCAACAGAGUCGCUGUUGAUCUGAGCGCCAAGGUUUCGUCCCUGAGUGCCGAUAUGACUUGCAGGAUGGUUUUUGGGAAGAAGUUUGCUGACAGUGAAUUCAAUGAGAGGGGGUUUAAGGCCGUGAUCCAAGAGGCUAUGCAGUUGGGGGCGGCUCCCAACUUGGGAGAUUAUAUUCCUCAGAUUGCGCCAUUAGAUCUUCAGGGAUUGACGAAGAAGAUGAAGAAGGUAGGCAAGGCGUUUGAUGAUUUCUUUGAGAAGAUCAUCGAUGAGCAUGUUCAGUGUAAGGAUGAAGAUAAAAACAAGGACUUCGUUGAUGUUAUGUUGGGUUUUUUAGGAUCACAAGAUUCUGAAUAUCGUAUUGAAAGGCCUAACAUCAAAGGAAUCAUGUUGGACAUGCUCGUAGCCUCCAUUGACACAGCCUCAACAACAAUAGAUUGGGCAAUCUCGGAACUCAUCAAGAACCCCAACACAAUGAAAACUAUCCAAAAAGAGUUAGAAAACAAAGUGGGCAUGGAUAGGACAGUAGAAGAAAGUGACCUAGAAAGCCUGGACUAUUUAAAUAUGGUGGUCAAAGAAACCUUAAGGCUACACCCACCUGCACCACUGUUGGUCCCCCAUGCAUCCACAGAAGACUGCACCAUCAAUGGCUUUCACAUACCCAAGAAGGCCCGCGUCUUCAUAAACGCAUGGACAAUUGGAAGAGACCCUGAUGCAUGGACGGAUGCAGAAAAGUUCUUCCCGGAAAGGUUCGUCGGAAGCAAUAUUGAUGUCCGGGGACGUGACUUUCAACUUAUUCCGUUCGGAUCGGGUAGGAGGGGUUGUCCCGGGAUACAAUUGGGUUUGACCGUUGUUCGAUUGGUUUUGGCUCAGCUGGUGCAUUGUUUUGAUUGGGAACUCCCAGAUGGGAUGUCGUCGGUGGAGUUGGAUAUGACGGAGGAGUUUGGUUUGACGGUUCCUAGGGCUAAGCAUUUACUGGCUAUUCCUACCUAUCGUCUUCAUAAAUGAUAAAUUUGUU